CUUAGCAUUUACAUCUGCAUCACCUGUCAAAAAGAAUUCUUAUGUUCCAGAAACGAAAACUUUUUAUCUUCAUCUUUACAAAGCAAAACUUUCUCCAGAUGGAUUUGAACGAGUAGUUUGGACUGUAAAUGGAACAUACCCUGGACCGGCGCUUGUUAUAACAAAAGGCGAUAGACUUGUAGUCCACGUUAUCAAUAAUUUAGGAGAACCAACAUCAGUAAAUUUUACAUCUGAUAAGAAUAUUAAAAGAGAUUGCUCUUGUAUUCAGAUCCAUUUUCAUGGAUUUUUUCAAAGGGGAACCAACUGGUAUGAUGGAGUUCCUGGACAAACGCAAUGUCCAAUACCUGACAAUACAACAUUUAUCUAUAAUUUUACAGUUCCGGAUCAAAGUGCUCAGUAUGUUGACGGUGUUCUAGGUGCCAUUAUUGUCAAAGACCCAGAUGAUCCAUAUCAGAAUGACUAUGAUGAAGAUGUAGUAGUUCUUCUAUCAGAUUGGUAUCAUAACGAAACAUCCACUUUAUUAAGUUAUUAUUUGUCUCCAGAAAGUGAGGGAACUGAACCACAACCCGAUAAUGGAUUAAUUAAUGGAUUGAAUAAUUAUAAUUGUACAUGGGCACCCGUUUCCUACUGUAUAAAAUGCGUUGAUAAUGCUGACCUUUCAAAGUUUAAUUUCGUUCCUGGAAAGAGGUAUCGUUUGAGGGUCAUAAAUACUAGUUUUACAUUUUCUAUUGAUGAUCAUGAAAUGGAUGUAAUCGAAGUGGAAGGAAUGAUGACAAAAAGACACACGAUCCACCGUCUUAUCAUUAACGUGGCACAACGUUAUUCAGUAAUCUUAACUGCUGACAAACCAGUUUCGAAUUAUUGGAUGAGAGCAGAUUUACAAAUUAAAUGUUACUAUGAUUCACCGAUUGAAAUCGUACAUCUUAACCCUUACGUAAACGCCAUAGUUCACUACGAGGGUGCUAAUCAUCUUAAUCCCACAACAAAGGGAUGGGCAGACAACCUUAAUCGCCUCAAAAAUUGUAUCGAUUUGAACACUUCAAAUCUUAAACCACUUUACUUGGAAAAUGUCCCAAAAAAAGCUGAUCAGACCAUAUAUCUUGAC